UAUAGGGAGAAAUAAAUAUUUUCUCAGUGCAAAUGAUCUUGUGAGAUAAUGUUCAGCUUGACCAUUAAAUGGACUGGAAAUGUGUUGGCUACAGAAAAUUGAGGAUUUGGAGGAUUUGCAGAGUGUCCAUCAACUGUGUAGCAAUCAGGAAACUGCCGAAAUAAUUAAAACAAAAAUGUGAUGGUACAUCUGUUUUGCUUUUGGAUAUGGAGCCCAAGUGUUGGCUCUUGACCUUGGAGUUAAAUUAAGCAAAAUUUAAGAACGAGACUUCAUUGUUGGUCUCUCUAAAAUGACAAGCAAUGUUGACCAAAUUUAUGGAAGUUAAAUUUCUUGGGCUAAAUGAGUGAAAUUAAUCUCGUUUUUAAUUACAGUCUCCUUCUACAAUAUUGAAAUGAGUUUCUCUGUCUUUGAUGAAGACCCAAGGAUCCCGGUUAUCAGCGUUGUCAAAGAAUUUGCAGAAAAUUGGUUGAAUUCUAUAUUUCAGGACAGUGAAUUUGCUGUUGCUAAUCUGGCCAUGCAAAUUAAAAGCAGCUGUGUUUGUCAGGUCAUCCUAAAAGCCAACUCUUCUUUAGCAGCCAGCGAAUUGAUUAGCAGGAUCGAAAGGAAAAUACAUGGCAACCUCACACAUGGAAACUUCACGCAAGGUCAACUGAUGUUGUUAGUUGCAUCGGAACACAUUGCAGUGGAAAAACUAGAGCCUGGAAGGUGCGAAGCCCAAGAAACAGUCUCUAAAUACAAAGGGACCUAUAAGUGGCUCUUAACCAACCCUACCGAGACAGCCCAAACUAGAUGCAUAAAGAAUAGGGAUGGAAACGCCACUAGAGUCUGCUCAAUCAACAUGGAGACUGGCAAAUCUCAGUGGGAAAAACCGAAGUUAAAACAGUGCAAACUGCUUCAAGGACUUCCUGAUAAGAUUGUGGAUCUCGCUAACAUUACUAUAAGUGAUGAGAAUGCAGGUGAUGCUGCACAGCACAUUUUAAACUUAAUAAAUGAAUCCCCCACUCUGGAUGAAGACGAGACAAAGAUUAUUGUUUCUAAAGUAUCUGACAUUUCACAAUGUCAUGAGAUAAGUAUGAAUCUAACCCAGAUGAUACUACAAAUAAUCAGUGCUGUUUUGGGAAAGCAAAACAAUUCAGCAUCUGAUCUGCAUGAAGUGAGAAAUGAAAUUCUGAGGAUAAUUGAGCGUGCUGGUCACAAGAUGGAGUUUUUUGGGAGGACAGCAAAUCUGACAGCAGCCAGCCUGGCUUUGGCCAUCCUGCGGGUAGACCACACAUUUGAAGGCAUGGCCUUCAGCAUUCGCUCCUACAACGAAGGCGCAGACCCUGAGAUUUAUCUGGGUGAAGUCCCUCUGGGAAGGAUUUUGGCUUCCGUAUAUUUGCCUAAAUCACUGAGGGAGAGAAUUCCUCUUAGCAGCUUACACACCAUCUUGUUUAAUUUUUUUGGCCAAACUUCACUCUUUAAGACCAAAAAUGUCACUAAAGCAUUAACUACCUUUGUGGUGAGUGCCAGCGUUUCACAUACAUCAAUUCAAAACUUGGCUGACCCAGUGGUUAUUUCUCUGCAGCAUGUUGGAGGAAACCAGAAUUACGAUCAAGUUCACUGUGCGUUUUGGGACUUUGGGAGUAACGAUGGGCAAGGUGGAUGGAACUCGUCAGGCUGUAAAGUAAAGGAAACAGACGUAAAUCACACAAUCUGUCAGUGUGACCACCUCACCCAUUUUGGAGUCUUAAUGGAUUUAUCCAGGUCUGCAGUGGAUGCAGUGAAUGAACGGAUAUUAGUGCUUAUAACAUACAUUGGAUGUGGAAUCUCCUCCAUUUUCCUGGGAGUUGCAAUGGUGACAUACAUAGCUUUUCACAAACUUCGAAAAGAUCAUCCUUCCAAAAUCCUGAUCAACCUGUGCACAGCACUACUGAUGCUAAACCUGGCAUUUCUGGUCAAUUCCUGGUCCGCGUCAUUUCAGAAGGCAGGACUGUGUAUCACAGCCGCAGGGGCGCUUCAUUACUUCCUGAUCGUUUCUUUGACUUGGAUGGGCCUGGAGGGGGUCCACAUGUAUAUCUCUCUGGUCCGAGUCUUCAACAUCUACGUUCCCAAUUAUAUCCUUAAAUUUUGUCUAGUUGGUUGGGGAAUCCCAGGGAUCAUGGUGGCGAUCAUGCUCAGUGUGAAAAAAGAUCUCUACGGAACCCUAAGCUCAACGACUCCAUUUUGUUGGAUUAAAGAUGACUCUAUCUUUUACACCUCAGUUGUGGCCUAUUUUUGCCUCAUAUUUCUAAUGAAUCUCUCCAUGUUCUGCACUGUUCUCGCUCAACUGAAUUCCAUGAACUCCCAAAGCCAGAGGACCCGGCGGAAGAUAAUCCUGCGUGACCUCAAAGGCACAACAAGCCUGACCUUCUUACUUGGCCUCACCUGGGGGUUUGCCUUCUUUGCCUGGGGACCUGUGAGGAUCUUUUUCUUAUAUCUUUUUGCCAUUUUCAACACGUUGCAAGGAUUCCUCAUUUUCGUGUUUUACUGCCUGAUGAAGGAGAGCGUGCGGGAGCAGUGGCAGACACAUCUCUGUUGUGGGUGGUUACGACUGGAUAACUCUUCUGGUGACUUUGAUGAAGAUCCCUAGUGUUUCUCUCCCUGGGGUUGUGAAGUUGUGUCUAAUUAUGUGAAAAGAAUAUUACCUGUGGACGUCCAAAUGAAUUCCACUCACAAGGAUUUCUUCAAUAAUUCCCAGCAGAGAUACCCGCCCCCCCCCACCCCCAGAUUAGGGAAAAAUGUUGGGUUUGUGAAGCCAUCUGCUCCAACUUUGUACUCUAAAUAUUAUUUUGGAAGGAGCAGAAUCAAAUAGCAUUUAGUGGAUAUUAAAGUCAGCAUAAUUCUCCUA